GCGGGAUUCAAACUCCCGGAAGCGGCUCCCGCGCCGGCGGUUGACACUGGGCCGAAGUGAGGCGCCGUCCUUCUCCUCAGACAUUUUCAGAGAUGUCUUCCAGAAGUCCCAAAGAUUCAAUUCAAAGUAAAUGGGGACCAAAGCCUACUAACUCCAAAUCAGAAGCUGCAUUAGAAAAAUGUAGGGGAGAAAUUGCAGCCUUAAAAACAUCGGUGGAUGAAAUUGCAAGUGGAAAAGGAAAGCUGACUGAUAAAGACAGACACAGACUUUUGGAGAAAAUUCGAGUCCUUGAAGCUGAGAGAGAGAAGAAUGCUUAUCGCCUCACAGAGAAGGACAAAGAAAUACAGCGACUCAGAGACGAGCUGAAAGCCAGACACAGCACUACUGCAUUGCUUGAACAGCUGGAAGAGAAAACAAAGGAAGGUGAAAGGAAGGAACAGCUGUUGAAAUCCUUGUCUGAAGAGACAGAUGUAUUGAAAAAACAGUUGUCUGCUACAACUGCAAGACUUGCUGAAUUUGAAGGCAAAGCUGAUACACUUUGUUUAUUACAGACUGUGGCUACAAGUUGCUUCAAUUCACCAAUGAGUAAUAUUCAUGAAAUGGAAAUACAGCUGAAAGAUGCUCUGGAGAAAAAUCAGCAAUGGCUUGUGUAUGAUGAACAGCGAGAGGUCUACGUAAAAGGACUUUUAGCGAAGAUCUUUGAGUUGGAACAGAAAUUGGAAACAGCUGUUCAUGUACUCCCACAGGAGACAAAAAAGACUGAAUCAGAAGGUUAUCUUCAAGAAGAAAAGCAAAAAUAUUACAACCAUCUCUUGGCAAAUGCAAAGAACGAUCUUGAGGUGGAACGACAAACAACAACUCAGUUGAAUUUUGAACUUAGUGAACUUAGAAGAAAAUUUGAAGAAACCCAAAAAGAAGUGCAAGAUUUAAAUCAGCUGUUGUGUUCACAAAGAAAGGCAGAUGUACAACAUCUGGAAGACGAUAGGCAUGAAACAGAGAAAAUACAAAGGCUCAAGGAAGAGAAUCAUCUUGCCAGGGAAAAACUUGAAGAAGAGAAGAAGAGAUCUGAAGAGCUCUUAUCUCAGGUCCAGUUUCUUUACACGACUCUGUUGAAGCAGCAAGAGGAACAGACAAAGGUAACUGUGUUGGAACAACAGAUGCAAGCACGUACUUUAGACUUUGAAAAUGAAAAACUUGACCGUCAAAAUAUGCAGCAUCAAUUGCAUGUAAUUCUUAAGGAGCUCCGAAAAGCAAGAAAUCAAAUAACACAGUUGGAAUCCUUGAAGCAGCAUCGUGAGUUUGCCUUCACAGAGCCAUUAGUCACCUUCCAAGGAGAGACUGAAAACAGAGGAAAAGUUGCCUCACCAAAAAGUCCUACUGCUGCACUAAAUGAAAGCCUGGUGGAAUGUCCCAAGUGCAAUAUCCAGUAUCCAGCCACCGAACAUCGAGAUCUACUUGUCCAUGUUGAAUACUGUUCUAAGUAACAAUAUACUUAUUCUUUGUUUUUGUGUCAAAAGAUUCAGUACUGUAUUUUACGUUAGCUUAUGGACAUUUUGAAUUACUUAUUUCACCUCAGAUCAGAAUGUGCCUAUAUACUUUUGAGACUCUGGCAUAGGAGUGAAUCAUUGUAUUAUUAUUAUUUUUUGCCUGAUUUUCAUUUCCUUGGCAGUGAUACCUCCCUGCAAUGGUUCAUCUUGAGGCUUUAGUGACAGAAUGUGGAGAGCAUUGAAUGCUGAGAUGACUAACAUUUUGCACUGUUAAAGUACUUGCUGGAGAAAAGGUAGUUCAGGUUAUUGCUUGUGGGUCAAAUUUGUUACACCAACAAGCAACUAUUUUAUGUUUUGUGGAUUUUUAAAAAUCAAAAGUAAUUAACCAGGGAUCUUAUUGUGUUAGUAUUUUUUAAUCCAAGCACUUAUUAAGCCUACAGUUCUGAUUUUGAUGUCCAUUGUGAAAAGAUGGUGAUACUUUUUUCCUUUAUUUUUCCUUUCUAUGAUAAAGCGGUUAUUAGAAAAGUUGGGGAUUUUCCUGAUCUUUAUUGCUGCUUACUGUUGAAACUGUAAACUUACCUGUGUUCUAAGCACAAAGCAGAUUCUGUUUAAGGAAUACUCCUUAGUAGCCACACACAAUAUUUUCUGUAAUGUUAACUGGCUAUAACUUUAACUUGAAUUUCAUUAGCACAUGUUGGUUAGCUAAGAUUGUUAAAAUGAAUUUUGACAAAACCAUCUAGCCCCCUCUUUUGAUUUGCAGGUGUUUUAUUUAUUUAUUUUUGGCACUCUUAAAAGCUGGGCGAUGUAAUGAGCAGAUAUUUGCUUAUCUGAAUAUAUAUUUUUAUACAUGCAUGUGUAAACCAAGAAAUUUUUAAUUUCUUCAGGUUUUCUAAAAUGCUUAACACUGGGCUACUGUUAGUAAUGUAGAGGAGAAAAGAAUAAAAUUAUAUAAUAA